AAAUAAGCUUUAAUAAAGGAACCUUUUUACGUUUCAUUUUUCGGACAUUUUGAAGAGAGCAGAAACUACUACACUUUGUGAACGAUGACCGUGAAGACCACACUGCAGUCUAUUAUUAUACUGGGUUUUUUGUUGGGAUCACUAACCCUGGAGAAACUUGCCAUGAAACCGUCAAUGGAAGAAAAUGCUGCUGAUGACCUUACAGAGAUUGAAAUAGUGGCACAGACCCUGCUGGAUGUCAUUCAAGAGUUACAGUUUGUUAAAGCAGAGCUGAGCAGUGUCAAAUCAGAAAAUACAGCCUUGAAUACUGCAGUGGAAGCUUCUGCCUCAAAGAAAUCCUUAGAAUUGGUUGCCCAAAAGGUGCAAAAACUGAGCGAAAGCAACAGUGAGAUCAAUAUGAAAACAGAUGACAUAAAACAAAAUGUACAGAGGGUUGAAGAACAAGUGAAAAAUCUGCAGAAAAUGAAAGAACCCCCCAAAGUGGCAUUCUCAGCCACAUUAUCCAAACUUAAUAAUGCUUUUAGAUUCAUGGGACCAUACAAAACGGGGCUCAAUCUGGCAUACCAGAAUGCUAUCACAAACAUUGGCAACGCAUAUGACCCAAAUACAGGCAUUUUCACCGCACCAGUGAGGGGAGUCUAUUACUUUAGCUUUGUGGUCUUCAACCCAAUUUCCAGUUCGACCAAACAGUAUGCAACUGGUGUGGAACUGUUGAAAAAUGACAAGCAUGUGGUCACUGCGACUGACAAUGCCCCAGGAGUGGACACAGAGGACACUGCAGGUAAUUCAGCAUCCAUCCUACUGGAGAAGGGAGACAAGGUGUACCUGCAUCUCUUGGAUAACCGCAUAAUCUACACAGAUGGGAACAGACGCAACACUUUCAGUGGUCAUCUGCUUUUUGAAAUGUGAACUUCACUCUACCUUUCUUUAUAAUAUUGGCAAUUCCUUUAAAUAUCUAAUGGCAUUUGCUGUUCUUCUUUUUUUUUUUUUUUUGCUUGUUCUCAUAUUCCGUCGCAACAAUUGAUGUGACCUGUACAUAAUAAAAUGUUAUUUU